UCUUCAGUGACCCAGGAGGAGCUAGGGUUUCGUGAGAAUGCUCGCGAUCUUCGGGAAAUCGGUGGCGCAAGCGCCUGAGCAGCUCAGCGCAGCUUGCGGUGACCAUGGCGAUGGAGGAAAUGAGGGAGGAUCGCCCGAUCUGGUGAGCUCCUUCCGAGAAUCCUAUCCCGAAGCGGUCGUGUUUCAAGCCGGCGAAGCGGCGAUCGCCUACAGCCAUGAGCGCCAGGCCUUGCUCAAGCCGAGGACUUUUGCUGUGGCGGACGAUAUCUUCUGCGUGUUUGAAGGCAUCCUAGAGAAUCUCACGUCGCUCAAGCAGCAGUAUGGCCUCUCGAAGGUGGCCAACGAGGUGCUCAUUGUCAUCGAAGCGUACAGGAAUUUGAGAGACCGGGCACCAUACCCGACUGACCAUAUGAUCCGCGAGUGGAAGGGCCACUUUGCCUUCGUCCUCUUUGACAACACAACACAACGCGUACUCGUCAGUGCUGAUUGUCAAGGAAAAGUCUCGCUCUUUUGGGGGGUCACGUCGGAAGGCUCGCUGGUUUUCUCGGACGACUUUGACGUUCUCAAGAAUGGGUGCUUCAAAUCUUCGUCUCCAUUUCCACCUGGAUGCUUCUUCUCGAGCGAGCAGGGGCUCCAGAGCUUCGAUCACCCGCUGAACGAAGUGAAAGCCUCGCCCAGGGGAAAAGGCAAAGACGGAGUAAAGUUUGAGGUGGAUCGGCCAGAGCAACCUGUGGGCGAUGGACCAGGUUGGGCGUCUGCGUUCUAAAUGGAGAGGAAGAAAUUUGCGAAAGACACGGUACCUCCCCUUGCCUCGUGCAUCUGCGAAUUAUUUGACUUCACUGCCUCUUGCUACUGAGUUUAGUCAUUGAAUAAAUUGACUAGGCGCCAAGAGAACACAAGAAGAUAUAAGAUGAUUUCCCAUGCUUUGAAAUUUUCGGUUUACAGCCAGUCAUAACCAAAACCGGAUGCUAGCGAUGGGGUGGGAUAGGUGUUGGUAAGGGAUCUGGCCAUGCUUUUUCAUUCCUCUCUUUGCUUGGACCUCGAGUCUGAAUUUCCCAGGUGCUCCACCUCAGGUACCCUGCUCAGGGUGUAAAUAAGAAAAAGUUUUGUAUUCAAAUCAAAUUAUAACUCAAAUCAGUUCUGUGAA